AUUUUCAUUUGUUAUUAUUGAUUAUUGGUUUUGAGAAACCCUAAUUUCUACGCUGUUUCGAUUCUCAUUCCCUUGGAAAAAGUCAAGGCAGCGAUUGAUUCGAAGAUUGAAAGAUCGAUCAUACAUCGCUAAUCGUCGAUAAAGGCUUGUGCUUGGAUUUGUCGUCUUCACUAUGAGAUUGAAAAAGGGAAGUAAAGUGGAGAUCAUUGGCAAAACAGAGAGGCUGAGAGUAGAAUGGCGCUGUGCUCGAAUAAUUUCUGGUAAUGGGCACACUUACAGUGUCCAGUAUGACUGCUCUAGCAAAACAGGCGAGGCCAGUGUGGAGAGAGUUCCGAGGAAGGCCAUCCGACCAUGUCCUCCUCCUAUUAAGGGUGUUGAGAGUUGGGAAGCUAAUGAUCAUUUGGAGGUUUAUGAUGCUGGUUGUUGGAAAGCAGCUACUGUUUUGAAAUUCAUAGGCAGAGGCUUCUACUUAGCAAGGCUGUGGGUGUCUUGCAAGGAGUUACAUGUUCACAAAGUAAACAUGAGGCCACGCCAGUCUUGGCAUAAUGGUCAAUGGUUUAUUAUGCCAAUGGGACCAUGCAAGUCCGGAGUUGGGAAGUCUAGCUGGAGUUUGAUUUCAAGCAGUUACAAGGAUCAGCCUGAAAUUCAGCAAACCAGAAAGAUUUGUUUACCAGGAUUAGACGCAAGUGUUCCCCAGGAAUCUCAUCUGGCCUCAACUUCAACAUUGAAGAGAAAGUCUCCUUAUGGCUCCUCUCUUAUUGAGCCUUAUCCCAUAAAAUUGAGGGCUGUUGCAAGUAUGGGUGAAUGCGAAAGACUCAAAGCACUACCCACAGCCCUUUUGCUGGAAAAGGUAGAUGCUGUUGCUUACCCAGAAAAUAAUAUGGGUGAAAAAUGCAUGCAUACUUCCUUUACUAAUGGUGCCAACCAAUAUUAUGAAACAGGGAAGAAGAAUCCUUGUAAUGUUUCAACGCACUUUCUUGAAAGAAUUGAAGAACCUGAAUAUUCUUGUAGUGUUAUGAGUUCAGUUGGCAGUUGUAGUGUGAUAAGUAAUAAUACAAAUAAAUUCUCCAGUGAUACCCUAGAAGGUUCUUGCCAAGAAGAUGAGGAUACCCUUCGUAGUGAUGCAGAAUCUGUAGAUGUUGGAGAUGUGGAUAAAGGAUGCUCCAUUUCUCCAGAAGACGUUGUAGCAGAAAGAAUUCAUAGGUUAGAGUUGCAUGCCUAUCGCAGAACGCUAGAGGCAAUAUAUGUUUCUGGUCCUUUAAGUUGGGAACAAGAAGAAUUAUUGACUAAUCUUCGUAUUUCACUCAAUAUUUCAAAUGAUGAACAUUCGAUGGAGAUAAAGAACUUAGUUUCAGCUGGUCAGAAUUUUUAAAUGUUUAUAUAACAUAGGGAUACCACCACAUCUUUGUACAGCCUUAUUAGGUUUUGAACAAAAGUGCAUAUAUUUGAAUCAUUCUCUUUUCUUAAUAUUUCUAUAUUGGGGAAAUUCUGUUGCAAUACUCUCUAUGUAUAUACCAAGUUAAUGAUGCUCCAUGCUCUUUAUUUAUUUUCCCUGUUUAUUUGAUGUUCUAAUUUUCCUAUCCAACUUUAGUCUUUAGGAGCCUGCAAUGAUUUGCAGAUGAAAGAUUCUUCUAAUCAUUUCUUUCACUACUUUCUGAUGCUCGUGUAUAUCUUUUGAUUUUGAAGCAAUUAUUGACAACAUCAUGGAUGUGACUUGGACAGCUUGCUUAUUAGUUUGUAGUAGUACAGAUCACUCUAAAAUCUUGCUUAAUUUGGAUAAACUUUAUAAGCUAUUUCUUUUAUGGUGUCAACUUUUCCAUCUUUUGAUUGUUAUUGAUGAAUCAGCUACAUUUUCCAGGGCCAGUGUAGGAGGAGGCUUGCAUGCCUUGCUUCCAAUGGCUAAAUAUGAUGCUAGGUUUGCUUCUUCUCUCUCAGCAAAUUAAUUGGUGAUUUCUACCAAUUAUUUUCUUACAGAGAUAAGAGAUUUCUGAUCACUGUUUGCUUUGAUUAUUUGUGUGCCCUCCAAUAAUGUAGUAUAUUUCAGGUCUUAGAUCUCACACUGCCAUGUCAUGCCAGAAUAUGAACUUUCUUAAUAGCUGCAGAUGCAAUCCUCAUUUGGAAGAUGAUCUUAUAGUACAAUUGUUCAGAUAGUGGCACUUUAUUUCCCAUGUUUGCUUGUCUUGUGGAUAAUUUUCAGUGUGACUUGAAUACUUUAUCCUGUCAAUUGAAAAGGAAGUGAUGGUAGGAUGUUUCAAUUCAUGUUAUAUCAGGCUAGUUAAUCGCACUGGAUUUGUCACAUGGCCUCCCCAUGAUGCGCCUGCAGAUGUGUCGUGUUUUGACAUGGGAACGAAUCUCAGCUGCAACAGUAGCAUUGCGGCUGCUACUUAAAACUGGUAAAAAUCUUGGUAAAAAUCUUGCUUCGCCUACAUUUUUGUGUCAUCCUACUAGUUGUUUUCAGGUCUUUUGGUCAAGACCGUUUUGUCUCUUUCCACUCCCCUUGCUUGUGAUAUAAGCCCUCUCCACUCUUCAAUCAUUGUCUGCCAGCUGUCCUGUCUUUGCAGUUCUAAGAGCUUCUUAUUUGUGUGUGUAUUGUGUUGUCCCAAUUUGCACUUCGCAGUCACCUGUUUUUACUGGUUUAUAUGACCUCUGUUCUGCUUCAAGAAGACCUCUUUUCUGUUAUGACUUUUUUCUUGGGUGAAUUUUGUGCUUCACACCCCUUUGUUAUUGACUCUGGUAAAUUACGUCGCGAGUUAAUGGCAAAUGUGCAUCUACGCUAUUGUCACUAUGACUUCCAAUUAUAAAUGAUGAAUAAACAUUUAAUUUGGUCCACUUGGUGCCAUUAGUUAUUGUUCACUUUGUCAAGGCAGGAUCUUUAAAAUUUCCAUAGUUCAU